AACAAUCCAAAGUUGGCAUCCCUUUCCCUUCGUCCCUAAUCUUCGUCUCCUCGCUUUCCUCGCCUCGGCUCCUCGGAUACUCCCAUCGGCGACCUCGGCGCCUGCUCCAUGGCUGGGAGGCAUACCAUCAUUCUGAUGCAACCAUCCCAAAACAGGGCUUCUAGAACAUUUAUGGACUAUAAUUCAAUUAACCAUGCAUUGGAUGGAAUCUGUGGGCUUUAUGAAAGGAAAAUUAGGGACAUCAACCCAAUGGUCCCGAACAUAACCUAUGAUAUCAGUGACCUGUAUAACUUCAUUGAUGGCCUAGCUGACAUAAGUGCACUAGUUUAUGAUCACUCGAUUCAGGCAUUUCUACCAUAUGAUCGACAGUGGAUAAAGCAAAAGUUGUUUCAACACCUGAAGAAGCUGGCUCAGCGGUAGCGAGGUUGCUGUUGGUUCAAUACCUUGUCACCAACAAGCAAGUAUGCGUGGUCAUGGGUAUCCCGAUCAGUGUAUUGGGAGAUGUUUCUUGUAAAAUUAUGAAAUGUUACGUUGCACCCAUGUAUUCUGGAUGUUGGACUGGGAUUUCAUUGGUGGCUUGCUUGUGGCACCCUAUAUAUCGGAUAAUCUUAUCUGGUUUGAAGUGAGGUGAAUCAAAGAAGGCUCCAGCCAUAGAUGAUCUGCCUAAUACUGUUCUUAAGAAACAAUUCCUUAUUUGAUUUUGCGAGGUUGGGGGUCGACAGUCAGCAAGGCAACAUAAUAUCGGCUGUUGUAUAAUAUUUCAAUACAAGUGCCAAUUGUGUUGUGUGUAA